GAACUGCUGCCAUGUCCUACCAACCACUUAACUGCCUGACUGAAAAGGGGGACAGCCCCAAUGAAGCCACAGGGAAUGGACCCCCCAAUCUGCCUCACCCAAACCUGAACAUGUUUACUCCAGAGGAGCUGCUGCAGCAAAUGAAAGAACUCCUGACUGAGAACCAUCAGCUGAAAGAAGCCAUGAAGCUAAAUAACCAAGCAAUGAAAGGGCGAUUUCAGGAGCUCUCAGCCUGGACAGAGAAACAGAAGGAGGAACGCCAUUUUUUUGAGAUCCAGAGCAAAGAAGCCAAAGAGCGUCUAAUGGCUGUGAGUCAUGAAAAUGAAAAAUUAAAGGAAGAACUUGGAAAACUAAAAGGGAAAACAGAAAGGUCAUUAGAGGAACCCACUGGGGACCCCCAGGUCCCCGAGGCAGAAGCAGAACAGGAAAUGGGACAACUGAAGACCCAAGUGUCCCGACUUCAAGCUGAAAAGGCAGAUCUGCUGGGCAUUGUGUCUGAAUUACAACUCAAGCUGAGCUCCGGAGGCCCCUCCGAAGACUCCUUUGUUGAAAUAAGGAUGGCUGAUGGAGAAGCAGAUGUGGCAGUGAAAGAAAUCAAGAGGAGUCUUGGGCCCACGAGAAUUGACUCCAUUGACACGAGCAGAUCUGCAGAAGGUGCCAGGAGUUGUUUGGAAUCUGAGGAAUUAACUGUGCGCCAGCUCCUGCUUUGCCUGAGGGAAGGGACCCAGAAGGUGGAAAGGCUUGAAAAGGCACUGAAAGAAGCCAAAGGAAGAAUUUCAGAUUUUGAAAAGAAAGCCAAUGAUCGUUCGGAGAUGGAGACCCAAACAGAGGGGAACACAGAAAAAGAGGAAGAAGAGAAGAAAGACACAGAAACUGUUGGAAGUGAAGUGGAAGCCUUGAACCUUCAGGUGACAGCUCUGUUUAAGGAGCUUCAGGAGGCUCAUAUGAAACUCAGUGAAGCUGAGCUAAUGAAGAAGAGACUUCAAGAAAAAUGUCAGGCCCUUGAAAGGAAAAAUUCUGCAACCCCAUCAGAGCUGAAUGAAAAGCAAGAGCUUGUUUAUAAUAACAAAAAGUUAGAGCUACAAGUGGAAAGCAUGCGAUCAGAUAUCAAAAUGGAGCAAGCAAAAACAGAAGAGGAAAAGUCCAAAUUAGCCACUCUACAGUUGACACACAACAAACUUCUUCAAGAAUUCAGUAAUGCAUUGAAAACAGUUGAAGAAUUAAAACGGAAAGAGUCAGAAAAAGUGGAUAAGGUGGUGCUGCAGCAGCUAAAUGAAAAACUGGAACUGGCAGAGAAGGCGCUGGCUUCCAAGCAGCUUCAAAUGGAUGAGAUGAAGCAGACCAUCGCCAAGCAGGAGGAGGACCUGGAAACCAUGACAGUUCUUAGGGCGCAGAUGGAGGUUUACUGCUCGGACUUUCAUGCUGAAAGAGCAGCAAGAGAGAAGAUUCAUGAAGAAAAGGAGCAACUGGCAUUGCAGCUGGCAAUUUUGCUGAAAGACAAUAAUGUUUUUGAAGAUGGAGGCAGCAGGGAGUCCUUGAUGGAAAUGCAGAGCCGUCAUGGAGCCAGAACCAAUGACCCUGACCAACAGGACUACCUUGUUCAAAGAGGAGCUGAUGGUAGUAACUGGCAGCAACAGCAGCAGCAAAAUAGACAAGUUCAUUCUUGCCCCAAAUGUGGAGAAGUCCUGCCUGACAUAGAUACAUUACAAAUUCAUGUCAUGGACUGCAUCAUCUAAGUGUUGACAUUUCGCCUCCCCCAAACUGCUGGUAAAUGUCAGAUUUCUUUCCUCCAAGAGUUCUACUUUUGUGUUAUUUGUUUUCACUCAAAUAUUUUGGCUCAUUAUGUUUGUUUUAGGAGAAAGAAAACCAGUAUGUUCCAUAUAGGACAUAUUUUUGUGUGGAUUUCCAUAAAAUCGCAAAAUAGAAUUCUUAACAUACCAUUCUUCUGAUAAUAGAAUCAUUUCUUUAAAUGUUCAGUUUAGGUGAGCAUUGAACUAUUUGUUCAUGCAGUUAAUGAGGGUAUGACAUCAUGGGACAUAAUAAAUGUAAUUAUAUGGAAGAAGUAUUACUGGUAAACUUUACCUUUUAAAUAGGCAGGAAAAAUGAAGUGGUCACAGAUUUCUUCAAGAAAAAGAUCUCUGAAGUAUUUGUGAAAUAAAUUAUAUUAUUAUUUUUCUUCCUCCACUUAAGACAAACCUAUUUGGGUUAUGUAUAUAUGUGUAUGUUGUAGUUCUACUGCAGCCACAGUUGUACCAAAGUUAUAAUGUGGCUUUUUUCAUAUGAGCACUCUAAGCUUUUACUUGGCCAUCAGGACAAAGGGAAAAAUUUUGGCCUAGAUGAAGUGGAUACAUUAGGGUCACUGGAUUUGAUAUAACCACAGUGCAAAUAAGUCAUCUUUAUUCUUUCAUUGUGCUGCAGGUAUGUGGGCUUGUACAGUAGAAAGUUUAUUCAUUUCUAAAAAGAACCACUGUUUAUUCAUUCUCUUCCUAGAUUAGGCUAUAUAAUCACAACCAUAAAAAAGUUAUUGCAAAAUAAAAUUUUGCUUAUGACUCUUUCACAUUGUUCAUAUGUGAUUAGCUAAUUUCAUAGGAUGCAUUUUCUGGAUUCAGCUUCAUAUAAGCUUAUUGCUUGAUUCAGAUCUGUUCUGUUAAUUCUAUAAAUAUGAGCAAAUCCCUUUACUAGAGACCAGUAUGUGUUGUUUGAAUUAGAAAGUGUUCUAGCUAAGGAGGUGAAAACAUAGGGAUGUGCCAUAUUUUGUGAACCUACAGUUAUUAGCUAAUACUGGGCCUGCCAUAAAAGUAAACAAUAACCUAUGUAUCUAGAGCCUAUAACAUUUAACAGAAAAUGAAAAUAUCUCCUGUUUGGCUUUGUCAUAAGAAUCUCUCCUAGACAAACUUGAUUUAAUACACUCAUAUACACACACAUAUGGAAUCAAACAGGAAAUCAAAGAGAAAUGAAAUCAAAAUAGUUCAUUAUGCCUUCAUGCCAAGAGAACACACUGUACAAAUUCAAUAGCAAUUUAGAUUAAAAGAGUUUCCCACUUCAGCCCAGGGAGAAUGUUUGCUUAAAAACAUUUCUAAAAUUAAUUAUGAAAAUUUUACUUUUAAUUUCUUGCUUAAGGCUUCUAGUUUAAUUUUUCUCUACUACUUUAUACCAGAGAAAAUAGAUUUCUAUAUUAUCUUAAAUAGAAAAGCAAACCAAAUGGUUUUACAUUUAAGUUUUGGGGGAUAUUCUUUUACUUUGUUCAAGUAAAAAUAUUAAGUUGGUCACAACUCUGAGAUACCUAGAAAUCCUCCAAACACCUGGAGAUUAAAUAACACACUUGUAUGUAGUACAUGGGUUGAGAAAGUCUCAAGAGAAAUUUUAACAAAUAAAAUGAAAAUAUAACAUCAAUAUUUCGGGAAUGAAGCAAAAGCAAUGCUUAGCAGGAAACCUAUAGCAUUGAAUGCCUAUAUAGAAAAGAAGAAAGAUCUAAAAUCAAUAAUCUAAGCUUCCACUUUAAGUAACUAAAAAAAGAAUGUAAAUUAACCCCCCCAAACAGCAGAAGAAAAUAAAUAAUAAAAAUUAGGGCGGAAAUCAGUUAAAUUGAAACCAGGAAAUCAAUAGAGAAAAAUCAGUAAAACCAAAAACUGAUUCUUUGAAAUUUAUCUAUAAAAUUGGCAAAGCUCUAGCCAGGUUAACUAAAAUUUUAAGACACAAAUUACUAAUAUCACCAGCAGUGAAUAAUUGGAACUUGAAAUUAAAAAGCACAGUAACUUUUAUAUGAGCACCAAAACGUGAAAUAGGUAUAAAUAGAAUAAAAUAUGUACAAGAUCUGAUGAAAGAACUCAAAGAACUAAGUAAGUGGAAAGAUAUUCCACAUUCACGUAAAGAGAGACUCAGUAUUGAGAUGUCAAUUCUACCCACCCUGAUCUAUAGAUUCCACAUGAUCACAAUCAAAAUCUCAAUAAGUUAUUUUGUAGAUAUCAACAAACUGAUUAUAAAAUUUAUACAGAGGCAGAAGACCUUCAGAAUGGCCAACACAGUAUUGCAGGAGAAUAAAAUUGGAGGCUACUACCAGAGUUCAAGAAAUACUAUAAAGCUAUAAUAAUCAAGAUAGCAUGGUGCUGGUGAAAGAAUAGACAAAUAUAUCAAAGGAACAGAAUAGCAAGCCCAGAAAUAGACCCAGAGAGUUCACGGGUCUUUGACAGCGGAGAAAAAGCAAUUUUAUGGAGAAAGGAUAGUAUUUUUAACAAAUGGUGCUGGCACAACUGGACAUACAUGUGCAAAAGAAAAAAAAAAAACCUGAAUCUAUACACAGACCUUAAACCUUCUACAAAAACUAACUCAAGCCACAGACUGGGAAUAGAUCUUUAUAAAACAGAUAUCUGAUGGACUAGUAUCCAAAAUAUAAAGAACUCUCAAGACUCAACAGUAAUAAAACAACCCAAUUUUUUAAAUGGGAAAAAUAGGUACCUCACCAAAGAAAAUAUACAGAAGGCUAAUAAGCAUAUGAAAAGAUGCUCAAUAGUAUAUGUCAUUAGGGAAUUGCAAAUUAAAACGAGAUGCUACCACACACUUAUUAAAUGGCUAAAAUCCAAAACAACAACAACACCACAUGCUGGCAAGGAUAUGGAACAACAGGAACUCACACUUAUUGUUGGUGGAAAUGCAAAAUAGUACUUUGGAAGACAGCUUGGCAAUUUCUUAGGAAACCAGGCAUGCAAUCCUUGGCAUUUACCCAAUUGAAUUGAAAACUUAUUUCCACACAGAACCUGCACAUGAAUGUUUAUAAUAACUUUACUCAUAAUUGCCAAAACUUGAAAGCAACCAAGAUGCCUUUCAAUAGGUAAAAGAUAAACAAACUGUGAUACAUCCAGACAAUGGAAUAUUAUUCAGUGCUAAAAAGAAAUGAGCUAUGAAACCAUGGAAAGACAUAGUUUAAGGAGGAACCUUAAAUGCAUAUUGCUAAGUGAAAGAAGCCAAUCUGAAAAGGUUACAUACUGUAUGAUUCCAACUAUAUAACAUUCUGGAAAAGGCAAAACUAUAGAGACAGUAAAAGGAUUAGUGGUUUUCAAGAGUUGGGGGUUGGGAAGGAGGGGUGAAUAGGUAAGAGGACAAAGGAGUUUUAGGGCAGUUAAACGAUUCUGCAUGAAUGUAUAACAUAAAGAGAGCACCCUAAUGUAAACUAUGAACUUAGAUUAAUAAUAAUGUAUCAAUAUUGUAAUAAUGUACAAUUGUAAUAAAUGUCCCAUACUAAUGCAAGAUGUUAAUAAUGGAAAAUUAUGUGAAGGGGCUAUAUGAGAACUCUGUUCUUUCCACUCAAUUUUUCUGUAAUCCUUUCAUUGUUCUAAAAAAAAUAAAGUAUUAUUUUCUAAAAAAUAA